CGUCGUGCUUUUUGUCAAACUGCUGCUGUUGUCAAGUCAAAAGGCGAAAUGUGUUGAGGAAUAUAGCAUUCCAGAUUUUUACUUGAAUUAUAAGCUAUUUUAGCUUCUAAAUUAGAUUCUAGGUGUAAAGUUAACAAAAUGCAAAGUAACACUGCUUAUAUAUGUUUAAUUUAUCUAACGUCUGCGUUAGUACUGACGUUGGCCGGUCGGGACUUUUAUCAAAUCCUUGGUGUAUCUCGGUCUGCAACCACGAAUGAAAUCAAAAAAGCUUACAGAAAAUUAGCAAAAGCUCUGCAUCCAGACAAAAAUCAAGAUGAUCCCGACGCUUCACAAAAGUUCCAAGAUCUCGGUGCAGCGUACGAGGCUCUUUCGGACCCUGAAAAGCGUGAGCUAUAUGACCGUUGCGGUGAGGAUUGCCUGAAGAAAGAUGGCAUGAUGAAUAACAAUGAUCCUUUUGCCAGUUUCUUUGGAGAUUUUGGUUUCCACUUUGGUGGUGAGCCACAACAACACGAAACACCACGAGGGGCGGAUAUCGUCAUGGAUAUCACUGUCACCCUGGAAGAACUAUAUAAUGGAAAUUUCAUUGAGAUAACCAGAAAUAAGCCUGUCAUAAAACCAGCGUCAGGGACACGUAAAUGUAACUGCAGACAGGAGAUGGUCACCAGGAAUCUUGGUCCUGGCCGCUUCCAGAUGAUGCAACAAACUGUAUGUGAUGAAUGUCCUAAUGUGAAAUUGGUGAAUGAAGAGAGGCUACUAGAGAUAGAGGUAGAAGUAGGUGCACCAGAUGGUCAUAAGUCCAGGUUACGAGGUGAGGGUGAACCACACAUGGACGGAGAGCCUGGUGAUCUCAUAUUUGUGUUCUCAACAGAGAGGCACCCACAGUACACGCGCAAGGGAGAUGAUCUCUACACCAAUGUCACUAUAAGUCUACAGGAUGCACUUACUGGUUUUACAAUGGAAUUGGUUCACUUGGAUGGUCACAAAGUGACAGUAUCCCGUGAUAAAGUAACGUGGUCAGGAGCCCGUGUCCGCAAGAAGGGUGAAGGCAUGCCUAAUUUCGAAAACAACAACCUUCAUGGAAAUCUCUACAUCACCUUUGACAUUGACUUCCCAAAACAAGACUUCACAGAUGAUGAAAAAGAAGGUAUUCAAAAUUAUUGACAAUCAUAACUAAACUACUAUCAUGCUCUAAUAUUUCUUCAUGUCUAAUCUUUUCUUAUUUUGUUUCAGCUCUAAGGAAAAUACUAAAACAAUCACCAAAUAAUAAAAUAUACAAUGGACUAUAGUAGCUAUACUGCCAAUUUAAUUUAUUUAAGUAGUGAAAUGAGUGCUACAGUAUGAACAAAGUCUUGUUUUGUUGUGUGAGGGAUAUUUCGUUACCUGUGAAUACAUGUGAUUGUUUUUUAUAUAAUAAACAUCCUAAGUGUAGAAUA